UUAGGGAAAUUUUAUUUUGUCUGCCAAUUUUUCGAAUUUUUGACCGGCGGCGGGCGCAGUUUCGUGACAAAAUAAAUUAAUUUAUAUAGGUUUGCAAUAUUAUUAAAUAUGGAAUUUGAAAAGGCGAGAACAUCGCUUAAACUAUACUCAACAAUGCAAAUGAGUGGGAUGUUAGCACAUAAAGUAAACAACGAAAAUGUGGAGUUAAUUACAGCGCCCGGAGGUAGCAGAUGCCAAAAGAAGAUGCUGCAUCCUCGAACGCCAAGUAAAACAAUUAAUUGUAGCAUAUCUACAACAAUAAAUAGCAUGUCGAGUAGUUCAUCAAAGCAAAUGUCUUGUUCUACAGCGCUGAGUACUCCGCCAGCGAAGCGAUUUCAUCGCAUAAGAAAUCCAUUCGAACCUGUCUUGGCGGAACGUCUGCAUUUGCCAUUGAUUGCAAGUCCCUCACUGUUUCAACGUCCCACGACGCCACAACUAUCAUCUACACAGUUUGAAUGGAAUAUAGAUGAAGUGUCUUCCCUGAAACCAGCGAAUGUCGAACCACAUGAAACACAGUUUCACGACUCGCCUGAUCCCGAGUAUGAAGCCAAGGCACAAUCNUUGCACUGA